AUGGCGACUUCCACACCUCGGAAGACAUGUGUCUUAUCGGACACUUGUAUCCUCUGCGGAUUUUCGUUUAUACAGAUUGAAAGAAAAGAAAAUGGUGAGGAAAAGGUUCACAAGUUUUUCGAGACAAAGUUAAGACUAAACACCGAAAGAAUAGAUAACAUAAAACAACUAACAGGACUGACAGACAUUGAUGUCACAACAAAUGCAGGUGUGUAUAAAAAGUGUUAUCGAUCAGUUGAAUCUAUAAUGAAAACCGAAUCCAAAAAUGAGCAAAUAAAACAGAGGUUUCGCGAGGUGGCACAGAGAACAAUACAAACACUCACGUUGCAGCUGCUUUCCCCUCGGAGAAAGUCCAUAACUAAACGGAUGCUUAGGAGCCCGUCCUUGCCAUCUUCAAAAAAGCAGACUUUCGACGUAUCCUACGGCAAGCUCGUGGAAAUAGCACCAUUCAAAGAUUUGACAAAUAGAACAGAUUUGCAGAAAACAGAGCUGCCUCUUACAUAUCAACCGCCUAGUUGUAGUUCAUUUACUGGUAUCCCUAUUGCACCAAAGGAGAAACAAGGUAUGCUUAAAAAGUUUGAGGUUGUGAAUUCUACGAAUGAAUAAAUUUGGCCACCUUUCUUUAUUCACAUACUUCAUGUACUUAAUCAUAUUAAUUUUGACAGUGUGGUGAAUUAAUCAUAUA